AUGGGCAGAAGUGUGUACUCGGCAAAGCUGCUCAAGGCACUAGCAUCGGAGGGGCAAGUGCAAGAACGGACAUCGCCAGGCAGGAAGCAUGAUGUCGUGGCAUGUUCUCGUCGCCACAUCAGCGCGACGACAUCGACGACGCCAAGGCGGCGCAAUGCCAUGAGAGGCUUGCCACCGCGUUGUCCCGUCUUCGAUGCUUCGUUCGAUCCUGAUUCGCCACUGGACGAGCGAGAGGCCGUCUACGAGGCGUUCAUCAAUGUAGAUACUCCAACGAGCGCAACAAGAGGAGAAAACCUGUCGCAGUAUCAGACUGACGGCAAUGCGCUAGCGAGUCUGCUUGCACGAUACUCCAGCACUGCACCUCACAGCACUGCCUCCCGUUCGACUGCGCUUGUACAUACGGACGCGAGUCGAUUGACGUACCACAGCGACUAUACCCUGCCGCCGUCUGCCGCGUCUGAUGACGACGCAGCGACAGAUUGGACCGAUAGUCCACUCGUAGAGGGUUGGCAGGUUGUUGGCCGGUCACACCACGACGAAACGCAGUCUUACCAUCGCCUUGUGACCACUCAAUCUGAGCCGGAAUAUAUAUUCAGUCGGGAUGCGGCCACCCAGAUUCCUGCAAGCGAGGCGCACUUCAUCUCGUUCGAGUUGGCUGCCGGUCCAGAGGCUAUCAACGUGCCAGCUGACGGCGCUCAGAUGUCACAGACGCCCGUGACGGCUUCGUCUGGCGCCACCCUUGCCACCGAUAAUCUGCUGCUUGCGCUGCCUGGCGAGACACAAGAGCGUCAUGCAUAG